CGGGCAGUGCGGGCGGACCCAGCCCCGGAGCGCCCCGCCUGAGGGAGGCGGCGCGGGCGGCGCGCAGCGCGCAGAGCCCCCCUCGCCCAGCAGUGCGCACCUGCCCGGGACCAUGAUCGUGUUCGUGCGGUUCAACUCCAGCCACGGAUUCCCAGUGGAGGUGGAUUCUGCCACCAGCAUCCUCCAGCUCAAGGAGGAGGUUGCUAAGCGACAGGGGGUUCCGGCCGACCAGCUGCGUGUGAUUUUCGCUGGGAAGGAGCUCAGGAAUGACCUGGUGGUGCAGAGCUGCGACCUGGGCCAGCAGAGCAUCGUCCACGUGGUGCUGAGGCCCCGGGGAGAAGGCGCCGCCUCGGCCUCCGGCAGGGACCAUCUCCGGGGCCCUGCGGGGGCCCUCGUGAGGGAGCCCGAGAGCCUGACCCGCGUGGACUUCAGCAGCUCCGUGCUCCCCACCGACUCCGAGGGCCUGGCCGUCAUUCUGCAGGAAGACAGAGAGGGCGCUGCGCGGGCAGCGGGCAGGCCAGCAGGUCGCCCGGCCUACAACAGCUUCUACGUCUACUGCAAGGGCCCCUGCCAGCGGGUGCAGCCGGGGAAGCUCCGGGUGCGGUGCGGCGCCUGCCAGCAGGCCACGCUCACGCUGGCCCAGGGCCCCUCCUGCUGGGACGACGUGCUGAUCCCCAAGAGGAUGGCGGGGGAGUGCCAGUCGCCAGGCUGCCCCGGGACCAGCGCGGAGUUUUUCUUCAAAUGUUCGGCACACCCGACCUCUGACGGGGAAACCUCGGUAGCUCUGAACCUCAUCACCACCAACAGCCGGGACAUCCCCUGCAUCACGUGCACCGACAUCAGGAGCCCGGUCCUGGUUUUCCAGUGCACCCACCGCCACGUGAUCUGCCUGGACUGCUUCCACCUGUACUGCGUGACCCGGCUCAACGACCGGCAGUUCGUCCAUGACCCCCAGCUGGGCUACUCGCUGCCGUGUGUGGCCGGCUGCCCCGACUCCUUGAUCAAAGAGCUCCAUCACUUCAGGAUCCUCGGGGACGAGCAGUACGGCCGCUACCAGCACUACGGCGCCGAGGAGUGCGUGCUGCGCAUGGGCGGCGUGCUGUGCCCGCGCCCCGGCUGCGGCGCCGGGCUGCUCCCCGAGCCCGGCCAGCGGAGGGUCACCUGCGAGGGCGGCGGCGGCCUGGGCUGCGCGCUCGUCUUCUGCCGGGACUGUAAGGACGCCUUCCACGAGGGGGCAUGCAGCGCCCUGGCCGCCGCCCCGGGGGGCGCCGCUCAGGCCUACCGGGUGGACGCGCGGGCGGCCGAGCAGGCCCGCUGGGAGGAGCGCUCCCGGGAGACCAUCCAGCAGACCACCAAGCCCUGCCCGCGCUGCCGCGUGCCCGUGGAGAAGAACGGCGGAUGCAUGCACAUGAAGUGCCCGCAGCCCCAGUGCCAGCUGGAGUGGUGCUGGAACUGCAGCUGCGAGUGGAGCCGCGCCUGCAUGGGCGCCCACUGGUUCGACGUGUAGCCGCUCCGGAGCCCCACGUCCAGCAUCGUCCGCCACUCUCCCCUUCUCCCGCACACACGCACACAUGUGCACACGCACAUUCGCACACUCACACGUGUGCACGCAAACAUAGGCGCACACGUGUACACCAUUCUUUCCAGAAUGGCAGUCAGGUGCGGCACCCCCGAGAGGCGCACUUCACCACCUGCCCUCUCGGAAGCUGCUUUCUGGAAAUACCACCAAAUCUACCGUUUGCUUGCCGACAUUCAUGCCGGUCCGCGCGGCUGCGCUGUGAACCGCGGGGCCGGUGCCCGGAGGGGGCGGCCAGCGGUGGGUGCCAGGUGCCAGGCCUGGCCGUUGAGCAGCCUCCCAUGAGCACGGCGGAGGGGGGCGGGUAGCGUGCCCUCGCUGGUAACCUGCCCGCCUCUGCCCUCGGCCGUCUCCGCGGCGAUGGUGGCGGCACAGGUCCCUUUGCCCACGGGGACCCCGGAGCCUGUGGGAGCAGCAGAGGAUGUGCCUCUGCUGAGAGGGGGGAAGGGCCACCUGCCCUCUGUCCCGACCCCCGUGGCCCCGGCCGCCAGCUCAGGGAAGACACGGCCGUGACCGGGAGCCUCCGGAGCGGGGACACGGAGCGGAGUACACGGGCCCCCAAGCGGCCUGCCCUCUGCCCAGCCAGCAGCCCGGAGUCCGCCCGCACGAGGCUCCGUUCCAAUGUCAAUAAAGCCGCUGAGC